AUGACUGUUGUCCACGACAAAAUUCACGAAUAUCAAAAUGGUGUAUACGAAAAACCCAUAAUAAUGAAUGGUCUCAAUAUCGGUAACGAAAUACAGAAAAUUCGAGGAGGGUCAAUGUUCAACGAUCUCAAAAUGCACAUGGAUAUUAAAUUACAAUGUCUGAAUCAGUCUAGCUCCAACUGCAAAUGGAUCAAUGGACUGAAGUACUAUGUCUACUCAGCGCAUGAUAGCACAAUUUAUUCCUUCUUCGCCAUUAUGGGUAUCCAGAACAAGGUGAUCAGUCCAACCGGAUAUCCGGACUACACUGCUGCGACGUUUAUCGAACUAUGGAGGAAUCGCACUGAUAAUCAGCCCUACUUUAAGGUCGGUUAA